CUGAUGCGUCUAGUCUGCAGCAAACUACAAAAGAAGAAGAAGAAGCAUGGUAGAAAUGUGAUGCUAUUAGCAGCUAAUAUAACAGGCUCACAGAAACCCUAUUAAAGCAGUGCAUUACUCCAAAACAGCUGUUUUAUUUGUUGCACACACAGCUUUGAUUUUGUCCUGAGAUGUCCAAACCUGCUGCUCUAGUUUCACUCCAUCAGGCUCUGAGGAAAAGCUUCCAGAGUGUUGAGAACAACCAGAGAGUGUGGAGGAGUGUGUUGUUGGACUGCAGUCCUCUGAUGGUGUCUCUGGGGAACCUGUCGGAGCAGUCCAGAGCUCUUUCUAACAUCAACAUCUCAAACACACCUCUCAGAGACUUCCCUGACCUGGAGGAGAGGCUGAGGUUCAAGCUCCUACAAGCCACCGACACAGUGCUGGGACAACUCAACGACAAGAUGUCUUCUCUGCAGUCGGUCAGAGAUUCCAUCAGUAACCAGGUCUCUGCAGUCAUCCAGCUUUACGAGCAGAACGCAGACAGUCUGGAUCUGUCGACUGUAACCGAGCGCUCGGCCACCGCCCCGUCAGUCUCCGACAUGCUGGAGUGGCUGCAGGAUGCCGAGCGUCACUACCGACAACAAUUUCUGAGGAGGAAGACUCUGCUGCAGACUCUGAGGGCAGAAGAUCUCUCCCUUUUAGAAUCGGCUCCCAAAAGAUGGAAAUCUUUGGAGUCUCCCAGUGCAGAAAACCACAUCACAGAUACACUUUGCAAAGUGUCCUUCUUUGCGGAGUCCCAAUGAAGACAGUCAAAAGUGACAUUUAUUGGAACUCUGACCAGCAAAUGUGACUGAUGAAGAGGCUAGAAGAAGAGAAGAGCAAACAUACACACAUGUGUAGAUGGACCUAAUUCCUGUGGACCUUAAGGAAAGGACUGGAUUUUUAUUUUUUAUAUAAAUGUGCAUAUACCAGAUUUUAUAUGGUAAGUGAAGAUGAAGAGGAAGUUACUAUAUUGAACUGAUUUUCCACAAAAAAAGGACCCUAUGGCGUCAUUUCAUACUUAAAGGGGACAUAUCAUGAAAAAUAAAGACAGUUGCAGAACAUA